GCACCGCCUGCCGGGAAGGAAGUGAGGCCGCCGGCUGGAGGGAGGGGAGCGGCGGCGGCGGCGGCGGCGGCGGCGGCUGGGAGCCGCACCGGCGGGCGAGGGCUGCGCGCGCAGGUUAAGCGAUGGCCACCAUGUUGUACCUGCGUGAGGAGAAGCUGGAGAAAAUGAGUCAGGACGAGAUCGUGCUGGGGACCAAGGCGGUGGUGCAGGGCUUGGAGACCUUGCGCAGCGAGCAUCAUUCCCUCCUGGCCGCUCUGCUGGACACCGUCAGCCGCCUGGAGCAGCAACACGAGACCAGCGCUGCGCAGGAGAAGGCGGUUCUCCUGAGGAAGUCUCUGGAGGCCAUCGAGCUGGGCCUCGGGGAGGCACAGGUGAUCAUCGCCCUCUCCAGCCACCUGAGCGCAGUGGAGUCGGAGAAGCAGAAGCUGCGGGCUCAGGUGCGGCGCCUGGUGCAAGAAAACCAGUGGCUGCGGGACGAGCUGGCUGCAACCCAGCAGAAGCUGCAGAGGAGCGAGCAGUCGGUGGCACAGCUGGAGGAGGAGAAGAAACAUCUGGAGUUCAUGAACCAGAUUAAGAAAUUUGACGAGGACGUCUCCCCGUCGGACGAGAAAAGCGGCGACGCGGCAAAAGAUACCUUGGGCGAUCUCUUCCCUACCGACGACGACCAGGGCCCAGGACAGACUCACCCCAGCGGAGACUCAGCAGCCCAGCAGGGUGGCUACGAGAUCCCAGCCCGUCUACGGACGUUGCACAAUCUGGUGAUCCAGUACGCUUCCCAGGGGCGCUACGAAGUGGCCGUCCCUCUCUGCAAGCAGGCCCUGGAGGACCUUGAGAAAACUUCCGGUCACGAUCACCCAGAUGUGGCAACCAUGCUGAAUAUUCUUGCGCUGGUAUACAGGGACCAAAAUAAAUACAAGGAAGCCACCCACCUUCUCAAUGAUGCUUUGGCUAUCCGGGAGAAGACGCUGGGGAAAGACCAUCCGGCCGUGGCUGCUACACUCAACAAUCUGGCCGUCCUGUAUGGCAAACGGGGAAAAUAUAAAGAGGCCGAACCUUUGUGCGAGAGAGCCCUGGAGAUUCGCGAGAAGGUGCUAGGAAAGUUCCACCCAGACGUAGCCAAGCAGCUGAACAAUUUGGCCCUCCUUUGCCAAAACCAGGGGAAGUAUGAGGAAGUCCAGUACUAUUACCAGCGGGCCCUGGAGAUCUACGAAUCUCGCCUGGGGCCCGAAAAUCCGAACGUAGCCAAGACGAAGAACAACCUGGCCUCCUCUUACACCAAGCAAGGUAAAUACAAGGAGGCAGAAGUCCUUUACAAGGAGAUCCUCACCCAGGUGCACGAGAGGGAAUUUGGAUCGGUCAACGGUGACAAUAAGCCCAUUUGGAUGCAUGCCGAAGAACGCGAAGAAUGUAAGGAUAAAUACCGAGAAAACAGUGUGCCCUACAGAGAAUACGGGAGCUGGUAUAAAGCCUGUAAGGUGGAUAGCCUUACCGUCAAUGCGACCCUAAAGAGCUUGGGGGCUCUCUAUCGGCGCCAGGGGAAGGUGGAGGCAGCUGAGACUCUGGAAGAGUGUGCGCAGAAGUCCCGCAAGCAGGGCAUGGAUGCCAUCAACCAGAGCAAAAUUGUGGAGCUCUUAAAAGAUGGAAACCGCUCCGAACAGCAAGUGAACCGCAGCGGAGCUCCCGGCCCCAAGAAGUGCGAAAAUGGGACCGAAUCAGACGAGGGAGCAGCUGAGUGGUCUGGGGUAGGCUCCAGAACUCUGCGGCGCAGCGGCUCUUUCGGCAAGCUGCGAGAUGCCGUGCGACGGAGCAGCGAGAUGCUGGUCAGGAAGCUCCAAGGGAGCAGCCCGCAAGAACCCAGGAACCCAGGGAUAAAAAGAGCCAGUUCACUCAACUUCCUGAACAAAAGUGUAGAAGAGGAGCCCAGCCAGGUGUCCGGUAACCUUUCAGACAGCCGAGGCUUAAGCGCCAGCAACGUUGAUCUCCCCCGGCGAAGUUCCCUGAUGGCGUGACAGUUGGGCGGCGAGGAUCUGGACCGCAUCAGGGCUCCCAGCUUCUUCCGGGACUCUCUGCCUGGAGAGUUCAAACCCUCUUGCGAUGGGGGUUCUGCCAUUGCAACUUGUGCAGAGCGGUGGAGCGGUAGGCCCCCUCACUCCCCCCCCACGUGCGUGGCGUGCAGCGCACAAGCACGCACGCACAGCUGACGUCUUCCUCUCCCCACCCAGCAUGUCGCCGUCACCCUCAUUCUUGGCCUUGGCCACUGGAUGCGGCCUUUCGGUCCCUCCCUGCCCCAACUUCAAGUAAUACAGGGUGACUUUAUUAAUUGCGGUGAACAAUUAAUCGCAUCCUGUCUGCUGCCGAGGGACCCGAUGCUUCCCAGGAGUGUUGAAGGGGAUUUUAAAGGCCGCUUCCCGGGAGUGUUGAGAAGGACAGCCUUGGGGUGGGGAAGGCGUGAUCGAGACCCGGACGAGGAGGUACUAUAACACGCUUGCAGAGACCGGUUCCGCACUCAAUUGGAGCCAAAACCUUGGGGUGAGAAUCGGUCCCAGCGAAGAAGCCCAGGUCUUACCACCUGCCUGGCCUCAGGGAGAUCACACCCAGCCCACCCUCUUCCUCUGAGUCCCCUUUCUUUCCCCCUUUCUCCACUCUCUGCACUGUUUUUCUUUUAAUGCCUUGAUUAUGAUAUAGGGACUGGGGCCUCGACUCAGGGGCUCCCUUGCUGGUUCGAAUGCCGUGUCUCCGUGAAAAUAUCCAUCUCUUGCACUUUUCUGCCCCUGCCUCCCCCCCCCCCAAGCUUGGCAGGCAGGGUGUGUUUUCACAACUGCCUGAGCCUUGGGGGGGGACAGCAUUAGUCAAAGUACCGCUGGCUUUCAUCUUAAGGGGACGGUGUAUACCCUUUGCCCUCUGCCUUCCCUGCCAGACUGAGCAACAGCUAUGUGUAGAGCGGUGUUUCUCGACCUUGGCCACUUUCAGGCAUGGGGAAUUCUGGGAGUUGAAGUCCACACGCCUGAAAGAGGCCAAGGUUGAGACACACUGGCGUAGAGGGACAGAACCACUUAGCACAGAUGCCCCGCUAGCUGUAAUCCCAGCCCCGGUCCUGUGACAUUCCUCCCAGCAACGAUGCUACAGGUUUCCAUUCAGCCAGAUAAUCAGCCCCUUCCUCUGCGUCCAUCUGAUCAUAACAGUAGUGAUAAAUAGCUACGCGUUCAGCGAAAGGGGCAGAAACGCCGCUUGGCAGAUAACAACUGGACGUUGGGAUAAACGGAAGGCACGAUCCAGUUUCCCGCGGGCUUCUACACCCAUCCUUGCCUCUCCUUCUCACUGCAAAUGCUGCAUCCCUUUCUUCCCAUCCUGCCGCGCUUUUAAAAAGCUGCUAGAGAUGAGGGGACGCCUCCAGAGGGGAAGUUGAUCAUCAGAUGCAAUUUCUCCAUUCACUAUGUGUCACUAUGAACGGUCUGUGUGUGUGUGUGUGUGUGUGUGGUGGAACUGUUUCUGACCAUUGAAAAAAAACAGGGCUGGGCUGGACUGGGCUUCAGUUUCAAACUGGCCAGUUCCCUUUCCUUGUCUCUCUGGCUCUGUGCUGAACCAAAACGCUAUUUCAUGAAAUAAGAAGAAAGCCAUCCAGGAAAGCCUCUCGCUCUGUUGCAGCCUACGGGGGACAAUCAAGUAAUUUCUCCACUGUUAAUUUUUUUCCCCCUCCCCGGGAACGGACUUCAAAGCGGGCAGGGCCCCGGUAACUUAUAUCACAUAAAUCUGUGUGUGUGUGUGUUUGCGUGCACUUGUCUGCGUGUGGAGGAGAGAUUAAUGGCUGCGCUGGGGUGAAACGAGAGGAAGAGAAUUGUGCUCUGUGUUUAAUUAUGUUGCUGCAGAAAUAAAACGAG